UAAUUCUAUAAUCACUGAGUCGACCUUAGAAAGGAUACAGUUAAUAAUUACUGCAUGGUAGAUCAUGGCUUUGGAUAUAGAGUUGAAAAUAUUGUAACACUUUAAAUCUGAAAAUCAUGUUAAUAUUGCUUGCUAUACUUCUGUACUUAUGAUCUUUAUAUUUAUCACACAUUUAUGAAUAUUUCAGUAUAUAUUCAGAUAUUUGCAUACACAUCUGCAUAAAUAAGCUUGCAUCAAUUAAAUUAAAAGAAUGUUUGAAGUGUUAAUGAUAUCAGAAUCGUCUGGUCAAAGUUUCAACAUAGCUACUUACAAUGCAAGCAAUGGGCAAAGCAUUUCUUCGUUUAAAGGUGGAACAUCUCUACCCCGGACGCUUUGCCAAAUCAAGAAUGAAUACAUCAUUUCUGCAAUACCUAAUAAACCGGUUAUCCAAGUAUAUGAAAUAAGUAGAAAAAGCCAGCAAUCAAAAAAGGUUGCAUUGCCUGGAAUCAUAAGUAGUUUGACAAUUAGUAAUGAUGGUGUUUUACUAGCUGCUGGGAUAAACAACAAUGUUCUUGUUUGGGAAUUAUCUGGUGGAAUUUUGUUGUCAAUUUUGUCAAGUCAUUAUCAGAAUGUAACUUGCUUGUCCUUCUGUCAUGAUGACUCUUAUCUAGCAACAUCUGGAGAUGAUGGAAUCGUAUCGGUCUGGGAUGUUUCAUUAAUAUGGGAUAAAGAAGCUUCAGGAACUGGAUCCGUAGAGCCUUAUCAUUCAUGGACUUCUCACACUAUGGCGACAACUCAACUGAAGUUUGGAUUACGUUACAGAGUUUAUUCUUCUUCUCUUGACUGCUCAGUAAAAGUUUAUGAUAUUCCAUCUAAGCAAAUCAUUUUAUCUAUCAUAUUUAAUUUCGGUGUUUCGUAUUUUGACUUUACACCUAAUGAAAUAUUUCUUUUUGUUGGAUGCUCAAAUGGCUCGCUGCAUCGGGUGAACUUGUUGCACCAUUGCCAAACAGCUAUUUUACAAAGUACAGAUGACAAUGAAAGGGCAGUUAUCAAAAACGCUCAUCAAAAAUUAAUCACGUCUAUUUCAUGUGGAUUGGACGGGACAUCUAUAGUCACAGGAUCAGAAGAUGGACAAGUGAAAUUUUGGGAUAUCGCAAGUCUUCAAUGUUCAAAAACGAUGAAAUUUUCAGGAAAAAUAACAAAUUUGUUUUUAACCACGGCUAUAACUGGGUUUUCAUCCACAUUGGGUGCACAGACAGUAGUCAUGCCAUUUCCAAAAUUACACAGACAGGCAAUUUCAACAAAUAAUGAAACAGAUUCGGAUUUAAUACAUUGUAAAUUGAUGAAAUCGGAAGACUAUGAUUAAUGCACUUCCAACUUGGGAAAGUGAUACAUAUAGUAUGCAUUUAUUGCAAAUCACCUCAAAAAAUUAAAAAAAAAACAGUCAACAUAAUAAGUAUGAGAUUGCUAUUUGUGUUCUCAUGUUCAGUUACUAAAUAAUAGUUCUGCACUAGAUUGGAGAUUUCCGUGUAAAUACCUAUGUCAGCAAAAACUUGAAAAUUGAAUAAACCAUAUGUUGAAAUUUUGACAAUAAGCCUUGUGAGUUUCGUAUUUGCAUAUAUUUUGGACGAUACAUGGGCUUGGAUUUUUUGGAAGUUUCUGCUAAUUUCAAUCAUAUUUUAGAUUUUUUAAUGGUAUCUGAUGUUUAUAAGUUUUAUUUUUGUCUGAGUGAACUCA